UCGCCGGCGCAUUAAUUUACUCUCAAUCAAUAUGGCUGCGCCCAUAGCUAACUUUUAUUUUCUGUUGAUUACAUUGAUACUGAUAUUCCUUCAAAAGUCCACAGGUACAAACCCAGAAGAAUUCUUUAAGAGUGGACACACAAACAACUGGGCAGUUCUCGUUGACACCUCAAGAUUCUGGUUUAAUUAUCGCCAUGUUGCCAAUGUUUUGUCUGUAUACAGAAGCUGUAAAAGACUGGGAAUACCGGACAGCCAUAUAAUUCUUAUGGUGGCAGAUGAUAUGGCAUGCAACCCAAGAAACCCAAGGCCUGCAACUGUUUUCAACAAUGCCAAUAACCAGAUUAACGUCUAUGGAGACGAUGUUGAAGUGGAUUACAGAGGAUAUGAAGUAACAGUGGAAAAUUUCAUCCGAGUUCUCACUGGUAGACUACCCCCUAGCACCCCGAGAAGUAAACGAUUGUUGUCCGAUGAACACUCAAAUGUCUUGGUUUAUAUGACAGGUCAUGGUGGAGAUGGGUUUUUAAAGUUUCAAGAUGCAGAAGAAAUUUCUAACGUGGAGCUAGCUGAUGCUUUUGAACAAAUGUGGCAGAAGAGGAGAUAUCAUGAGAUUUUUUUCAUGAUUGACACCUGCCAAGCAGAGUCGAUGUUUCAGAAGUUCUACUCUCCCAAUAUUCUAGCCAUUGCCAGCAGUAAAGUGGGCGAAGACUCGCUGUCUCAUCAUGUGGACCCAAGCAUUGGAGUAUAUGUAAUCGAUAGGUACACUUAUUAUGCCUUAGAAUUUCUGGAGACGGUCAAUCCGGGCAGCAAGAAAACUAUGGGCCAGUUUUUAAAUGUGUGUCCCAAAUAUCAGUGUAUAUCAACAGUAGCCAAGCGGACAGACCUGUUUAAGAGAGACGUGAACAAAGUGCUUCUGACUGAUUUCUUUGGAAGUGUGAGAAACGUAGAGUUGCUUCCAGAGUCUAUACAACUUCAGAAUAUAACUUUAUCUACAGAAAGAAAGGAAUCAGGAGACAGUAGGAGUGACAAACCCUUGACAUACGCCCAACAGUUUCCAAUGCCAGUGUGAUGCAGAAAGACUGUGAUAUACAUGUAUCAACGAUGAAGAAAUCCUCGACUUUGGACAAUACAAGGCAGGUCGCAGUCCUUGUCACAUCAUCGCAAACCAUGCCUAUUGUCUCUGCUCACACUUGACUACACUAUAGCUGUGGUUGUAUAAUUAAGAAAGCCCUCAACUUCAUGAAUAUAUUUAUGUUUAUAUAUAUCAACCAAUCAGGGAUGACUCCCAAGUUUUUUGGCUGGAAAAAACACUUGGAGAUCAUUGCGUGGCUCAUAGCAGAAUAAUCCAUGGAUUGCGAAUUGGGAAAAACUGACACAAUAGCCAAUCAGAAUAAGUUUUUUGAUACAGAAUUUUCAAGCAUAGCCUCUGUUGUUAAGGCAGAUUUCAUUUAUAUAUAGCUAUAUAUUUGACUUGCUUCUAAAAGGGUGAUCUGUAAACUUUUUUGUAAUUGGUCAAGAAAUGAUUGUGUCAUUUCACAAAUAUUCAUGAAAAUUGAGGGUUUCGCUGAUCAUACAGCUACGGUUUGUAGUAGGAUAGGUACUCCCAGACUCAGUAAGCUUGGCUAGCGAUGAUGUCUAAGAGUCGGUGUUAGAGAUUGGUUCAAGACACUUCCCAGUGUGUAGAUUUGAAAGAAUUGUGUUGCGACAACUGUCGGGGCUUGAUUUGCAGACUGUAUAGCAGAUCUUCUGUUGAAAGGAAGAUGAUUAGAUACACUACAUAGUGUUAAAUCUAGGAUCUAGAGAGGGCACACAUAUCAUAUGUUCAAAAGGGCACUUUUUGCCACGGCAAGACAAUUUCGGGGCACUUUCAUUGUAUCAUACUAUGAUAGUAAUAGAAUAAUCAUUUAGCCUCUUUAAAAGUUAAUACCUGCUGCCUUGAUUUUAAACUUUUCAAUCAACCUUGUGAAAUAAAGAACAAUUGUUUAUAUUAACAAAUAUUUUUAAAAAAUCUGAGAAAAAAGGGCAUGGUGCAAUUAAAAAGGGCAUGGUGCCAGCCAAAAGGGGCAUGGCGCAGCACCAUGCUAGUUUGCUUUAGAUUUAACACUACUACAAGUCAAUACACUUGUCUCAAAUAUUUUGCAUAUGCAGUCAACUCUCGAUAAACUGCCACCUUUUGUUCUUAUGAAAUUAUGGCAUUAUAACGAAUUUGGUGAUGAAUUGAAUCACUACCAUCUUGAAGAAAUAGAGUUACUGUUCUUUUAUAUGCAAGUUAUCUUUCCUCUAUUUACAAUACUUAUGUAAGUGAGCGAUCCUUUGCUGCUAAGAUGUUGCCCACUGUCCUUCUGACUUUUCCCAUAAAACAGAAAAAUGAUUUGCAAUAUCCUGAUGGGUACAUUUUUUAUGAUGUCCUUGGUACGUAAUGAUUUGCUUUUUCUCAUCGACAUUUAACAGGACCCUCUUUCGUGGCGAAGCCAUAGCUAAAUUGAAAUGUGCUUCUUUGAUGUAUAAACAACAGUUCAUCUCGAGUAUUGUUCUUGUUUAUUCAAUACAACAAUUACUGGGAUCCUUCUGUCCAGGUGUACGCCGGAGAUUGAUAAUGACCAAUUUACUCCUUCACUGACCACGUGCACCCAUGGCGGUUUAUCGAGAUAAUUAACACGUGGAAAUAGACUUUUGUAAUGAAAACACUGUGGCAAAUGGCGAUAGCAAAUUUGGCGUUUUAACGAGAGUUUUAAGUAACAGGAAAAAUGUUUCUAGAAAAAUGCGGCGUUAUAACGAAAAUGGCGAUGAAUUGAGUGGCGAUAAUUCGAGAGUUACCUGUAGGUUCAAAGGUCAAAUGAUAAUUGAAUUAGAAAUUACAUGUAAAUGUGACAGAUUCAACUACAUGUAAUACCCGAUUUUGUUGUAUCAAGACAUAUUAAAGCAGAUUGUAAAUUUCGAAUAAAAUUAAUUUACCUUUUUGUGUAUUGAAAAAGCAGAAGAGUAUAACAACAUAUAUUCAAAAUGAAAUGUGGAACAGAUAUAAACACAUUAAUAAAUGUUUUGAAUUUUUUAAUGCUAUUUUUAUACAAUAAGGUAAGGUGCAAAACUAUUAAAAAUAAUUAUGUUGUAAUCAAAGAAGAAGCUUACAGAUUAUGAGUACAAAUAUCUAUAUUUGUGUUGUUAAAUUUUGUGUUGUUCUUUUGUGUAAUUAUGUGUUUAUUCAUAUUAUUCUUAAAAAGAAGUGCCCCCCAUCAAAUUAAACAUCCUUUUAGUCUGUAAGACAUGUAAACCUACAUAAAGUCCUAUAGUGGCUUAUCUAAAGGCAAGUGGGUUCAUUACAGUUGUUUUAAAAUGUAUGUAAAUCAAUUACAUAUUGUCAACAGCAGUUAACAUUAAAAAACAAACUAGGUUUUACACAGACUUGUAACCUUUUCUUUAGCAAGAAAUUAGACAUGUCUAUUGUUCAUUCUUGAAUAAUGAGAUGUUCAUGGCACAAUGUAUUAUUCAUUACACAUGUGUUUUUCAUUACACAGGUAUUUUUCAUUACACAGGUAUUUUUCAUUACAUAGGUAUGUGCAAAAAGUUUUGUUUAUAGUUUUACAUUCCAUGCAGCUUAAAGUGCAAGAAGUGGAAUUUUGUUCAGAUAUAUAAGGAACACAUGCAAUAAAGAACUGUAAAAAGAAAGAUAUUGAAACAUAAUAGUUUUAUUUUGAUAUUAUGAUCUAUUAAUUUGCAUUAAAGGCAAAUAUAUCAUGACCAUGUACAGACGUGUUACACAGAAACUAGUUUUUCAAUGUUUAAUACUGUCACUUGUAUAUGAUUUUACAUGUUUAAUACUGUCACUUGUAUAUGCUUUUAAUGCUGAAUUGUGGAAAUAAAAGAAAAACUGAUACAAA